AUGCAUUUCACGACAGCUAUCGGCACGACCGUGCUCCUCGCACUAAACUACGCGCACGCCUCGCCUGCGGCACCACCUCGCACCCGCGACGACACCACCUGGGACUGGGACACCAACAUCCGAGGGCUCCCAAGCACGCAGUUCGUCGUGGUGGUGCAGCCGGGCCUCGCAUCGCCCCUCAGCAUCUACGCGGCGUCGUCGGCGAGCGGCGUCGCGUACGACAGCAGCCACACGGACGUCGACUGCUCCGACUCAGCUGGCAACAGCGACGAGAUCACGCUGGCUGUACCAGCGGCGCUGCAAAGGCAGAAUAAGCCGACCGUGACGCGGACACCGCUGUGCGGCGCCCCUGCCGUCACCGCCGGCCAGAAGCCCGACUGGAGCGGCGCUCAGCUCAAAUACAAGGACCAGGAGUUCGACCUGAGCGCGCCCUGGGUCGGCGAGCGGUUCCCGUCGGCUGCGGGCAAGUGUACGGAUCCCAGCGCGAACGGCACGGAGCGCGUGUGUCGGCUUGUUGUCUGA